GUGUUCAGAUCUAAAACUGAAUUGGGCAUCUUUGUAUCAUGAGAAAACUGCUGGAGAAGCACAUAUCAGUGAAUUAGAACAAGCAAUGUGUAGGCAAGAGAUUGCACUGAAAAAAGAAAAAAAAAUACAUACUGAGACAGAAGAAAGAAAAACAUUUUUUGAAAAUGCUCAGCUGAAUGGUAGUAGGGGUGAGAAUACCCUUACUUUAAGUGAAAAGUUUUUUGAGUUAAAUAUGGUAACAGGAAAAGGACUGAGUGCACUUUCUUUCCCUUACUUAUGGAUGGAAAAAGCUGAAGUACUAAUUCAGUUAGGCUUGUAUCAACCAGCAAGACUUCUACUCUCAGAGGCCCAUGCUGCAACUCAGGAAUUGAGGGCCCCGUACGAAGUGUCAAGGUGCUUGUACCUGUUUGCUGUAUUGGCUAACCUGGAGAGAAACCAUGGACAAGCUCAAGCACUCCUGGAGAAAGCACAGCUUCUGGGAGGAAACGAGUGGUUUUGGUACAACAGUACUCUGAGUCUCAUAGAAGCGAUUCUAGAGGAGGAGGGGGAAGGAAAACAGAGCAUGGCUUGUGAGAUACUGGAACGCACUGUAAAUGUGCUGAGAUCUACUUUACUGAAGAGACCUAACAGACAAUCAGAAUUGGGUUUUAUAAUUACAUCCCUUCAAGCCAGGAAAACACUUAUUCAGGUACAUUUUGCCCAAGAUUGUAUAACAGUUAAUGCUGAGUCUUGUCAGGUGCCACGUAUGCUACAGGAAUCAUACAACAAAUUAGUUCAACUUGAGGAGGACUUCUUCCAUUGUGGGCAUAAAAACUGCAGUGCUGAAAUACUGCUAGAACGUGCAAAUAUUCACAGGAUGAUUGCCAAGCAGGAAAGAAAUGAAAAACACAGUCACUAUCUAGAUGCUUAUAACUUAGCUCAGAGGGCAGUAUCCGAAACAGAGGAAGUGUUUCAUAAUGUUUGUAGCUUAUUUGCAGUUAAUGAGACUACAAAUAUUAGUAUCCCAUUAAUGAGGCAACUAGCUAACAGGAAAAUAAAUCUUGUAGAAAUUCUUUUGGAUAUUUUUAAUCUUGUUAUUACUGAGAAAAAGCUUGAAAAAGUGGGAGAAGCAUCAUCUCAUAAAAUUGUGGAGGCAUUCAUCAGGGGAACUAUUGAAGAUGAUGCAACAGAACAGGAUUGGAAGCGCAUGGAAUGCACCGUGGGUCAUAUUACACUGGCUCAGUUAGCAAACUUACAGAGUCUUUGUAAAGGCUGUCCUGACAUCAAAUCCAAAUGCCUAUAUCUCACUGGGAAAACUCUUCAUUUACUUGCCAUUAACGCAGAUCCUGUACAUUCAGAGAUGUACUGGAAGUCAAAUGUUAUGGAAGAAGCUAAAUCAGACAUCGCAAAAUCUUUCCUGACUUCAGCAGAAUGCAGUGAACAGGAAGUGACAGACAGCAGUUUCCCGACUAAUAAAUGUCAAUACGAUAAGCAUAGGAGAAAAAUACAGGAAUUAAAGAAGGAACAUAGGUUGGCUCGGAAAUAUCUUUCUCAAUCCAGUGAAGCUUUGCUACAGUGUAUGGGUAUUGCAUUCAGUCAUAAUAUUACCAAUGUUCUGGCUUCUGCUAGUUUUGAAAUGGUUGAAUGCUUUCAACAAUUUGAUCCAGUUUCAACUAGCCACUUUUUGGCACUUCAUCAGAGCUGUUCAGCGUCUAUGAUGAUGGAGCGUAUCCUUCUAACAGCUACAUCUAACACCAGCAGCUCUCAGCUGGCAGCAUUACUGCAUCUUCAGAAUCAUCUGAAACAAAAUAGAAACACAAGUGAUCUUCUAAAAAAUGUGGAACAGCAACUGAUUGCUACUUCAAUGGCAUGGAGAAAUCUCUGUAUUCCUGUUGAACAUUUUAAUAUAAUGGAUGAAUUGCCUUCUAAUUUCUACAUAGUUAUUCUCCAGCAUUCGAAAGACAGAUCAAAUUUGUACAGUUCAUUGAUUGAGAAGCCAAAAGCAGGUACUGCACAGCAAAAAGGAAAACCCGCUCAGCUGACGGUGCAAGCUAAAAUUUCUCGAUUUCCUGUGAAUCCUGAUACAUUUUGUGUAUUGUUGGAAAAAGUGCGUGUUUACAAGCAGCAAAAGAUGAAGAGUCAACUUAAACAGACUGUCAUUCAAAACUUGCAAGAGUGUGUCUCCAAAACAGAUCUGACUCCAACAGAUAAAAAAGACGAUAAUGGACAUGAUUUGACAUCAGAUUUCACUGAGAUAUUAGAAAUGAUGGAAGAAUAUCUGAAACCAGUCCUGUCACAGAUUGAUUUUUCUGAUAUUGGAGAACAGAGGACAUCAGUUUCAGCACCUGAAUCAGGAAAAACAAAGGUGAAAGAUAAGGAGACUAAACACACUACAAUGCAUGGUACACCUCUGGAUUUAGGAUUGUGUGUGGUAUUACUAGGAGAUACAUUACUUAUGGAAUUGCCUUUGGAAGCUCUGAGUAUCUUUAAAGAGGAAGGAAUAAGUUCUGUAUCCAGAGAUUUUUCUCUCCAGAUUCUCUACAAUCGAAUAUAUCUGGCUAAAUCAGAGACUGAAGUUAAAACAGGCGUUGAAAUAUCUAAAGAAACAAAACUAAAAGCUCAUCAGAAAAAGAAUGUCAAAACGGCCCCAGUUAAUCGUGAUUUGCCCUCUAAUUGCUUGCCUGUUGAUACUCAUAAUUUUAAAUAUAUUGUGGACCCCUAUAAUGAAGGAAGAGAGGCAGAAGCUGUAAGUCCUUCCCAAAAAAUAAAGGAAAUCCUGGAAAAAUACCAUGACCUAUUUACACUAAAGUGGGAAGGAGUUGUUGGCAACAUACGUGUUCCAAGCCAAGCUGAAUGGGAGCAGCUGCUGACAAACUGCAGUGCGUUUCUGUUCUACGGGAUGGAGAGAUUUAUGUCUCAUAUUUUACUCAACAGACUGGCUGCUAUGAACAUCCCAAAUCUGAUGCGAUCAAAGCAAAGUCAUCAAAGAAUUACAAAGUCUGAUAUCCACAAAAGUUGUCUACGUAUUGCUAUAGAGAGACCAACAGAGACGGCAGUGCUUCUAAGCCUUACUGGUGUUCGUUCUAUAAUAGCCAACCAGUGGUACACUACCUUGCAAGAGAAUGCAGAAAGGCUAGAGAUUUUCUCCGAGAGUUUGUUGAACAUUGGUAGAACAACUGGGCAGACAGUCCAUAUUCUUCAAAAGAGUAAGAUUCACAGGGAAAGGGAUUCUAUUAAAAUGGAAGCAGAUUCUCACAGCUCUCCUGGGGACAAAGGAGAAGAACAGACCAUUCACACUUCCUCAAAUCUUCCUGCAACUCAUCCAUCGUUUUUUAAUUGUGUGCUAUAUGGUUUACCCAACAUAAUGAUGAUGUAAUUUCUGUCAGACUUCUCACACUAGCAGUAUCACUGCACUGUGCGUAGGGCACAUUUUGCAUUUAAAGGUGUGGCAGAUACUUAUUUCUGUUUGGCCAAAGGAGAGGUGAGCUUAAGAAAAUGCGUUUUGCUGAUAGACUGAUUUCUGGCUCAGAUGUAAGCAGUUUGAUAUUAGAGUAAGUGUCAGGAAAACAUCAAAGAACGUUUAUUUUAGAGAUUUCAGUUAGUACUCUUAAGGUUUUCUGAACUCAGUGAAUCCCUUAAAAGAAUUUGGUGACUACCAACACUUCUUAAAGGAAACUAGGCUAGUAUUUUUGGGCACUGAUGCACGAGUGGAAUUGGAAUGUAACAUUGUCAAUGCUUCCAUUUGGAAAAACUUUUAAUUGAUGUAUUUUAUUUUUGACAUGGAAGAUUUAUCAGGAGAAUAGCUGAAAAAUUUACCAAGUCAUCUUAUUCUGAGUAAAUUGAUUUUUAACUUUUUAUAUAGUGGUAGCUGCAGUUUAAUUAGAAAACAAAAUGUUUAAUAAGUUCUGCUUGCUUUAUUUCCCUGUAGUUUUCCUGAAUAACAGAUGAAGAUAUAUUAAAUUAUUCCAAAAUCCCAAAUAAGAUUAUUAUAUGUUUAGAUUUUGUAACAUGCUCUGUUGUUCAGCA